AUGUACAGGCAAAAGUUACUUUUCGGCCUCAAGAACUCGAGUAUAGUCUGUACAAGUUGUGUAGGAGAACCUAUCGGGUAUUUCAAUCUCUAUCGCCCUGGUGAAUCUUUCAAAGAUAUCAGAAAGUAUUCAUUGAGAGUCCCAUCAGAUGUUGAGGGAGACUAUACAUUAGUAGCUUCGUUCGCAUCUGUCGAAGGGAAUCCUACAUUUACUUUACCCGUCAUUGUAGCCUUACUCACAUAUGUUACUGGGUACCCGGGAAUCAUCACACAAGUUGAACUUCCCGACGUUCUCGUCGCCGGGGAUAAGAUAGAUAUUACUAUUCACUACGUUCCUGUUUCGGAUAGUUAUGAAGAUCUCGGUAUUGUAUGGGGUUUAAAACCUCAAGAAUUGGAUUGCGGACCAUAUUGUACUGGAGAAGUAUUGGGUUACUCAGAUCUAUAUGGUCCGGACGAUUCAUUCCAUCAAGACUAUACGGUCAACGUACAUCUUCCACGUUCUUUUCAAGGGGAAUACACAUUGAUUUCUUCCAUUUUCUAUCGUGAAGGGUCCGAUAGCACCACUGGAUUCCGAGCUCUAUACAAGAACGUGACUAUCGUCCCACCACCUCCCCACCCCCAUCCGGACAAGGCAUCAGGGUAUCGUCGUGCCCGAGGUAUAGCAACUGUGGCUGGUAUUGCGGAAACUCAUAAGAGGGCGAUAGCCAUCAUUCACAAAACGUCUGUGAAGAGUGGGGCAAAGGAGACUGGGGCGUGA